GCGGAUGCUGCACGCGGCUUCGGCCGCACCAUCACGGAUGCAGUCGCCUGCGCUGUCAACUCGGUCGCGCCGGCUGGCGGCAGCAGCGGACGACGGCGAGCUGGCGCCUCGUUCCGUCGCCGCCGCCGCGGCCGCGGGCCUCGGCUCGAACGCAGUCAUGUGGGCCUCCCUCUACAGCGUCGCCACUACGGGCGGCGGCCUCCCUGCGGGCCCGUUCGGCGUGGUCGGCCUCGUCGAGGGCGUCUCCUAUUUGCUGGUGGUGGGGCUCGCCGGUGCGGCGCUCUACGGCAAGGUUUCCACCGGGUCUGGCCUUCCGUUCCUCAGCGAGGCGCGUGGCGAGCGGCCUGGCGGCUUGCUAGGCGCUGCGGAGGGCCUCUCGUGUCUGUCGGUGGCCGCGGGCGCCGCCGUGCUCCUCCUGCUGCAGGCGAAUCAGGGCUGCGUCCCGAACGCUCUGCCCCUAGCCGACUACUCCGACCGGGUGGCCGUGUGCCGCUGAGGCCUGAGCACACGGUGCUGAGACGGAAGCACAGGAACGACCUGUCGGCUGUCGCGUGCCACUGUCUCAUCAUGUAAAGUACAAAAGCUGAACCUGAAACGACAUAUAUC